AUGUCCGAAAGUGAUGAACCAUAUUUAACACAUGACAUCGAUUGGCCAAUGCUUGAUAAAGCUCGAUUUAUUCCAUUAAAUCUUCUAUCAACAUUUAUUGUUCGUUCAUUUUUAUAUCCAAUUACACUUGUUCGUACUCGUCUACAAGUUCAAGUAAAAUCAUCUAUAUAUAGAGGUACAUGGCAUGCAUUAUGUACAACAGUUCUCUAUGAAGGCUUUCGUUCAUUAUAUAAGGGUUUUCUUGUUUAUAAUUGUCAAUUACUACCUGGUUUAAUUUAUAUAACAACAUUUGAAGCAACACGUGCUCGUGCUAAUAUUUUAACUAAAAAUGAAUAUUUACGUGCUGGUGUUGGAGGUACUAUAGAUAGUUUAUCAUCAAAAUCGGAUUCAAUAUUAUCUAAUAAAUCAUCAUCAUCAGAUUCUCUUCAUCAUCGACACAUUCCUCGUAUACAUGUACCUAAAGAAAUUCGUACUAGUAAUUAUUUAAUAUUUAAACAUAUAUGUACAGCAUUAUUAUAUGAAAAAUAUACAGAUAAAGAUAAAAAAUCAGGGAUUAGUUUUAAAGGUUUUUAUCGUGGUUAUUUAAUAUCAACAUUUUUAUUUAGUUUAACAAGUGCGAUUUGGUGGCCAUCAUAUUAUUAUUAUCAAAGACAAAUGUUUAGAAUUGAAGCAAUAUUUUCAAAAGAAUUUUCAUUACCAUUAAUUGUUAUUCAAUGUAUUGCUGGUCCUCUAUCAUCACUUACAUCAACUAUGCUUACAAAUCCACUUGAUGUAUGUCGUACUCGUAUACAAGUUGAACAACAACGAAGACGAAUGACACAAAUUAUGUAUGAAUUAUGGCAAGAAGAACGUUUUCAUGUUUUUACAAAAGGUUUAACAGCUCGUCUAUCACAUUCUUGUAUUUAUUCAUUAUUGAUUAUAUUUGGUUAUGAAACUGUUAAAAGAGUUUCAUUAAAAUAA